AGAGUCAUUCAGAAUGGGUGUCUUGUGUCUGCUUCUCCCCGAACAGCAGCAACCCUAUCAUCAUCUCCUGAGGAUGAGACAAGCUGGUCAAGGUGUGGAAUCUGGCUAACUGCAAGCUAAAGACCAACCACAUUGGCCACACUGGCUAUCUGAACACAGUGACUGUCUCUCCAGAUAGAUCCCUCUGUGCUUCUGGAGGCAAGGAUGGCCAGGCUAUGCUGUGGGAUCUCAAUGAAGGCAAGCACCUUUACACAUUAGAUGGUGGAGACAUCAUCAAUGCCUUGUGCUUCAGCCCCAACCGCUACUGGCUCUGUGCUGCCACUGGCCCCAGUAUCAAGAUCUGGGACUUGGAGGGCAAGAUCAUUGUAGAUGAACUGAAGCAAGAGGUUAUCAGCACCAGCAGCAAGGCAGAGCCACCCCAGUGUACCGCUUUGGCUUGGUCUGCUGAUGGCCAGACUCUGUUUGCUGGCUAUACAGACAACUUGGUGCAAGUAUGGCAGGUGACUAUUGGUACCUGCUAAAAGUGUAUGGCAGAGUCUUAGAAAUAAAGUAGCUUUCUGAAA